AUGCAGCAAGGGGCGCCGGCAUCACCUGCCUGGCAGCUACUGCACGAGCUAGCGGCCGCCGGCGAGGGCGGCGACACCCUUGACGCAGCUCAGCUCGGCAUACUGGUCGAUCUGUGCGCGUCGACACUGCGCCAGGGCGAGGAAUGGGGCUUCAGCGAUGAGAAGCUCUCAGUGCUGCUAGGCCUGGUGAAGGAGACGCACGCGGCGUCGGUGAGGGGGCGGCUGACGCUGGAGGCGAGCUUCCGCUUCUUCAGGGACUCCCUGCUCAACCACAGCGUGCAGCGGCCGCCGUUCAGCAUUGGAGUGUUUGCGCAGCACGAGACACGGGCGGUGCUGCAGUGGUUCAUAUCCUCUUACUACCGGCACUACAAGCUCUACCAGUACGCCUUCACUGACAGGGUCACCCUUGACGUCUCGACGCGCCACCCCUGGGAGCUAGUCGAGGCGCCCCCCUGCCCGCCGCCGCUGGCAGAGGCCAUCACAAACGAGCAGCACGAGGAGGAGCUGGAGAGGCAGCGCCAGGAG